ACGAUCGCUGGUCGGCGAAUUCUACAAUUUAUGUAGAUCGGUGCGGAACGUCUCUCUAGAGUCUUACAUCAUGGAGCGAAAAGGACGUGAGCGCAAGCUGCCGGGCAUGAAGAUCGUGAUGCCAACACCGGUCGAGACGCCCACAAUGAAUCUGGAAGACAGAUGUCUUAUCAAAUUGACAAACGAGUCCGAAGAGAUUGAGAUUGCCGCCACCGACCUCGUCGUACUCGAAGAACUUGGAAAAGGUGGAUAUGGGAUUGUGGAGAAAAUGCAGCACAGGCAGAGCGGGAUAAUUAUGGCGGUAAAACGAAUCAAAUCAUCAAUCAACGAUCAAUCUCAAAAGCAGAUGCUCAACGAGCUAGACGCGUGCAGGAGAAGUGAUUGCUGUCCGCAAAUGGUACGGUUCUAUGGAGCAAUGUUUCGCGAAGGUGAUGUCUGGAUUUGCAUGGAAGUGAUGGACACGUCGCUGGACAAAUUUUACCGGCACGCAUACAAAAUUGGCAAACACAUUCCAGAGCCGUUUAUUGGGAAAAUGGCUCUGUCGGUCAUUGAAGGACUCAACUUUAUGAAAGAGCAACUGAAUUUGAUUCAUCGAGACGUGAAACCGUCGAACAUUCUGUUAAAUCGACAUGGACAAGUCAAGAUUUGCGAUUUUGGAAUUUCAGGUCACUUGACAAACAGCAUGGCCAAGACUGUACAAGCCGGAUGCAAACCUUACAUGCCACCAGAGAGAAUUGAUGGAGAGACUAAGUCAGCCUAUGAUGUGAGAGCUGAUGUAUGGAGUUUGGGUAUAACAAUAAUUGAAAUCGCCGUUGGCACCCAUCCCUACGCAAAUUGGAAAACCCCAUUUGAACAAUUGAAACAGGUUGUGAAAGAGCCGCCACCAAAAUUGCCGAUGGAAAGUGGUUUUAGUGUUGAUUGUCAGUACUUUGUCAAGAGAUGUCUUGAAAAGGAUUACAAUGAACGUCCCAAAUAUCCGGAAUUAUUGGCGAUGCCGUUUAUGGAGCAGGCAAGAAAUGAGAAGCAAUUUAGUAUGGCUCGGUUUAUCAAUGAGAUUCUCGACACUGUUUGGCGACGAUGAGCAUCGGGUGUGCCGAAUGGCGAACAAGUCUUUUUCUAGUACGACACGUCUCAAAUUGAGAAUAGCGUUUUUUUGUACGCCUCGCUGGCCGUCAAUGGAACAUCGAUAUUUGUUGAAUAAUCAGCAACGUGGACGGAAUAAAUUAUCACUUCUUUUCCCUUUUUGUCAAAUAUUGAAUUUUAUGUUCUUAUGUUUUGUUUAUAUCAUAUAUCUCUCAGAUUCCAAUUAUUUCUUUGCUUCUGGUAACCGUUUCUUUCCGAGUCAACCGCUUAUCCUUAUUUCAUUUUCAAUUUUAUAGGAAAUCUUUCUCUAUCGCUUCUUUUUUCGUGUCUUCUCCUCGUAGUUAUAAUCAAUCAUCGGUGUUUUUCUACAUUUUUUUUACGUUUAAAUGUUCAAGUAGUUUAUUAGCAUCUGUGAUUUUUAUUUUCAAAUGGUAGCUCAUAAUUUUCCAAUCAAACUCGAAAUGACCUAGUUGUUUUCUUAAAUGAUUUUAGUAGUCAUUCCUAUCUCAUCUCAUCAGACUUCUCAUUUCAAUUGUUUAACUUCUUCCUCUGCAUAUACAGUGCCAUUUUCGAUGUCAAAUUCGUAUUCAACAUGGAUUAUUCUACUCUAGAAAUCAAAAAUGUAUUCUAUUGCACCCCUCCUCCCGCAUUUGUUUCAUCUGUGGGUUAAUAAUGAUAUUUAUAAAUUGAUGUGCUGUUACAAAAACGAAAACAAUCAACAUCACUUAUCCUUCUUUCUAUUUUUCUUCUUCUCUGGUCUUAUGCGCUUAUUCUCCUUAUAACAGUUCUUGCCCAGAAAAUCAGCGUACACGUUUCAUUUUCUUUUCUGUUCGUUUUCUCCCCUAACUCAGACAUUACAAAUUUCUAAACGUUUUGUUUUCAAUUACACCAACCAUCCCCCACUUUUCUCCCUCACCCCAUAUCAAGGAUAUGAGUCUCUUUUGGUUUAUAUUGCUCGAGUAAAGAUUUUU